AUGCCUGCCGGAAUAGGAAUAUUUGCCAGAACGGCGGAACCUGUAUCUCCUAUACGAAACAUUGGAUGCAUUGGAAAUGCAAGUGCCCGGACGGGUACUUUGGAAGACUCUGUCAAAAUGUGCAUACUGAAGGGGCAGGAGGAUCCAGUUGUUUUCCUAAAAGUUAUAGUGGAUCUAAGAGGGGUGGAUGAUUUUGACAAUGGAUUUACCUGUUCACGUGAUGAGGGACAAACACCAAAAACCGAAGAAUGCGUAAUCGAUCACUGUGCUUCCUCUCCGUGUAAACAUGAAGGUACUUGUACAUCCGGUUCAUCAACGUUUUCAUGUCAGUGUGCACAUGGCUAUAAAGGAAACAUGUGUGAAGACAUCGAUCAUUGUGCCUGUUCUCCAUGUACAAAUAACGGAACGUGUACUUCCGGUCCAACAACGUUCUCAUGUCAGUGCGCAGAUGGCUUUAUCGGAGACACAUGUAGAGAUACCGAUCACUGUGUCUCCUCUCCAUGUAAACAUAACGGGACGUGUACUUCCGGUCCAACAACGUUCUCAUGUCAGUGUGCAGAUGGCUUUAUCGGAGACACGUGUGGAGACACCGAUCACUGUGUCUCCUCUCCAUGUAAACAUAACGGGACGUGUACUUCCGGUCCAACAACGUUCUCAUGUCAGUGUGCAGAUGGCUUUAUCGGAGACACGUGUGGAGACACCGAUCACUGUGUCUCCUCUCCAUGUAAACAUAACGGGACGUGUACUUCCGGUCCAACAACGUUCUCAUGUCAGUGUGCAGAUGGCUUUAUCGGAGACACGUGUGGAGAUAUCGAUCACUGUGCCUCUUCUCCAUGUAAACAUAACGGAACGUGUACUUCCGGUCCAACAACGUUCUCAUGUCAGUGUGCAGAUGGCUUUUUCGGAGACAUGUGUGGAGGCACCGAUCCCUGUGUCUCUUCCCCAUGUAAACAUAACGGAACGUGUACUUCCGGUCCAACAAGUUUCUCGUGUCAGUGUGCAGAUGGCUUUAUCGGAAACACCUGUGGAGAGUGGGAGCUAUUGAAGUAG